AAUGUGCUCCAGAGGUAUGUUGCAGGAAUGUUGGUACAAGAUUCAAGAUCCAUGUCCACUUCAGUAUGUCAAAGAGCUGAUGUGACUAGUCAAGAAACCAAACCGAAACCCAAGACAGGUAUCAUGAUGUUGAAUAUGGGUGGACCAGAGAACACUGAUGAAGUCCAUGACUUCCUUCUUCGUCUCUUCAUGGAUAAGGAUAUUAUUCCCCUUCCAGCUCAAAGCAAAUUGGCUCCAAUCAUAGCCAGACGUAGAACUCCCAAGAUCCAGGCCCAGUACAAAAAGAUUGGAGGGGGUUCUCCCAUCAAGAAGUGGACAAAUUUACAGGGGGAAGGUCUUGUCAAGUUACUAGACAAACUAUCACCUGAAACAGCUCCUCACAAGUAUUACAUUGGUUUCAGAUAUGUGAACCCACUUACAGAAGAUACUAUAGACCAAAUGGAGAGAGAUGGCGUAGAAAGGGCAGUUGCCUUCACACAAUACCCACAGUACAGUUGCUCAACAACAGGGAGUAGUCUGAAUGCAAUCUACAGACACUAUGCCAAGAAUCCAGAUUUAGCUGAAAACAGUACAAUGAGGUGGAGUGUCAUAGAUAGAUGGCCUGUUAAUGUGGGACUUGUAGAGGCCUUUAGUCAGCAUGUAGAAGCAGAAAUUGCCAAAUUUCCUGCUGAUGUGCAAGAUGAUGUUGUAAUCCUUUUCUCUGCCCAUUCGCUUCCAAUGUCAGUAGUUAACAGGGGUGAUCCCUACCCAGCAGAGGUUGGUGCAACCGUACAGAGAGUGAUGGAGAGACUCAAUUUCUCCCAUCCAUACAGACUAGUAUGGCAAUCUAAGGUGAGUUAAUUCAUAUCUUUAAAUUUUGAGUACAUCACAUGAAACGGUCAGGAUUACAUUUGCAAUACUGAGUGAAUGUAUUUGUUAUCUUUCCUUUAUAAGGUGAUCCUUAAACAGGGCUUAAUUUAAUCCAAGACCGUCAAAGGCCAUGGCCAUGGAUGUAAUGGCUGGCAGUGAAAAGUCAAGGGGGGGGGGGUGGCUGGGGGCGACUCAGCCCCUGAUAUGCUCAAAAGAGUCCUGGAAAGCAAAUUAAAAGGAGCCCUGGAAAUAAAUAUUUAUUACAUAGAUUGUUAUACACAAAAUAUAUCAAAAGGAAAGAAGUUACCAUUUUAAGAAAAUGAUGGAGUAGAAGAAGAAUAGAAAUAAAAAUAGUAAGGU